AAAAUUCAGAUGUCAAAUCAGAGAGUGGUUGCGAGUAAGUCGGAUGACGUAAUCCUUAUUUUUUUGGAAACUUUCUCUAACGAAGAAAAGAAUACAUCGAUUGUUUCCUUUUUUUUUUAACGUUAAGGCAUCGUUUAGGUUCGUAUUUUCGCUUAGUUUGCACAUUUAGGCUUUUUAUAAAAAUUUAAAAAGAGUUGGUCGCGGCCGAUGGAUAGACGAGAAGAAGAAGAAACGGAAUCUGAGGAAGACGAGAGUCGUAUUGGUAAGAUUUUCGAGCUGAUUCCUCUUGAUCUGACUCCUGAUAUACUCUUGAGACUGCCCGCUAAAUCUGCUGUGAGGUUCCGCGUCGCCUCGAAGCUAAGGUCAUCCAUCACCACUCGUCCAGAUUUCAUCAGGUCGUUCGCGUUUCAUUCUUCAACUCGGCUUUGUCUUAUGGCAUGCGUCAAAGCAAGAGACAAGCGUUUAUUUAUCUCACUGCGCCACGGCUUGGUAUGUUUCGGAGAUUUUUACAAGAUCGUAGUUUGGAAUCCUUCAAUGAGACAACAUGUUACCUUACCCGAACCCAAACCUAGAGUCAUGUACUUUAUACGUAGCUGUUUAGGACACGAUCCGGUCGAGGAUAAGUAUAAAGUAUUGAGCAUCUCAGGCUACCACAAAGGCCACCACGAUCCUCUCGUUUUUACAUUGGGACCUCAAGAAUCAUGGAGAGUGGUCCAAAAUAGCCCUUUACAUAUCCCUCUACCAACCAUGGGACGAGUAGGUAUAUGCAUCAACGGGCACGUGUAUUAUGAAGCGGAGAUACGUUUUAAAGUAGAUGAUACUUUUGAAUUUGAAAGAAUCCUUAUGCUCAACUACCAUGGAAAAUUAGCAUGGUUUUGCUACGGUUUUUCUUCUAUAAGGUUUUGGGUUUUAGUUGAUGGAGACAAACAAGAAUGGUCGCUCAUAAACUUUGUUUUGCCUUUUCCAACCUUUCCUCAAAGUGACCCGAUCUUUGAAUGUAGUCUGGAGCUGACUGGUGUUACUCAUGAUACUGGUGAGUUCAUUUUUACUGCAACAAAGUUUGAAGCAUUUUAUGUUUUAUAUUAUUAUGAUCCAAAGAGAGAGCGUGAAAGGAGGAUCGAGUAUGAAGGGAUUGGAAACAAAGAAUUCUGGAUUCAUAAUGGAAUUUUGGAUAAUAACCGCGGUCUCACUAUUGAUUGGUUUCCCAAUCAUAAUGAGAGUCUCAUGUCUUUGGUUAAUGUCCUUAUAAAGGCCGAUUAG